AUGGACAACCCAAACCCCAACGCCGCUCAACAGGGUAACAGUCUCCCUCCAAUUACUAGCUUGAUCAGACCCGAGCAAAUACCCAAACUUCCACACUUUCCCGAGCAUCAAAAGGAGAAAUACAUUGAAGGCAUCAGAAAACUAUGGGACACUAUCGAUACAACCUCCAUAGGUUCGGAGCCAUAUCAAACCGCAUAUAAAAAGCUCAUCGAGGUUACCCUCAAUAUCAAAGCAAAAAUCAACAAAACAAGACAGGAUGCUAUGGCAUUGCAGGCUGCGAAUGGUGGUCAGCAAAGCGCCGCUCGGCCCACGAGCUCUGGGCAGCAGGUUCCACUACCGGACGCUCGAUUACCGGCGCAACACAUGCAAGCUGGAAUUCAACCACAGACUCAAGGACCAUUCUCUGAGAAGGUAAUCCAGAAAGUCAGGGAGCUUGAUAUUCAAGCGCCACCCCAGGUUAUCGCAACUGAAGGUCCAGAACGUGCAAAGCAGUGGGUGAAAGACACACAGAAUAAGUACGCACAACAAUUAAAGACACUCGAGGAGGCGUUGAAGAAGCUCGGAGAUAUCAAGCAAAUCUUUGCUCGAGGACAAAAUUCAGAUAGGCCUCUCAACGAGCAAGAGGUGCGAGGGCUUCAAGGUCAGCAGACUCAGGUGGAGCAAAUCCAGAAACAAUCGAGAGAGCAAAUAACACAGUUCGUGAACUCGCAAAGAGCGCUGAAAGAUCGACAAGUGCAAGGCAAGCCUACCAAUCCUGACAACAACGCCUUCGACCAAUCGCGCGCAUCAAAUGCUCAGCCGGUGAAACAAGAGCCUAAUCAAGGCAUGGGAGGUCUACCUCAAGUAUCCCAAGAAUCUCUAGGCCAACCACACACAGUAAGCUCCGCCCUUGAUGCUGCCAGAAAUCAACCCCACCCAGGCCCUGCCUCUGCAAUGAGUCCGCAGAACAAUGGGCAGCCAUCACGACCACCAGUGAAUCAGCUGCCGAUUGCACGCCCUCAGCCUAACCAGAUGCCAAAUCCAAUCGCACAUCCACCUCUGAACAUUAAUACCAACUCUCGGCCCCCAGAAAAGCAAGACAACUCACCACACGCCGCACCUCCACAUUCAUCAGCUAUGCCAUCUAACGCACAAGAGCCCGUCCCGCUUUCUCAUCAAGCUGCUAUGGAGCAAGCACGAUCGUACUCUCACCCAAACAUCCAGCAAUCUACACCUGUCGCCACACAUGGUCACCCUACUCAUGAUCAACGAAACCAGCGCGACCCUCAAAACAAUCAUGCUAAGAUGCCCAUCCCUAAAGACCUCAACCUUCAGCCCACCCAGCCGGUGUCCAUGGGCCCAUCGAGGCCCACUUUGACUAACGGCCCCGUUGCAAUGGGCCCCAUGGGUCAGCCAGCUAUUCAGAGGCAUCCUGGUUAUGUGCUCGAGGGUGAAGGGGAAAGAGUACUUAGCAAGAAGAAGCUGGAGGAGCUGGUCAGGCAGGUCACUGGUGGCACAGGAGGUGAAGGUGAGGAGGGUGAAGGGUUGACCGCUGAAGUUGAAGAGACACUUCUCCAGGUUGCUGAUGACUUCGUCGAUCAAGUCAUUGUCGCCGCCUGCCGCCUUGCAAAACUCCGCCAGUCUUCAACCCUCGAACUCCGCGACCUCCAGCUCAUUCUCGAGCGCAACUAUAACAUCCGCGUGCCUGGCUACGCUUCCGACGAGUUGCGUACUGUCAAGAAAACACAGCCUACUCCGGGUUGGGCUCAGAAGUUGAGUGCCGUUCAAGCUGCUAAAGUUACUGGGGGCAAGGGGGAUUUGUGA